CCUGUUACAGAAAAUUCGAUGGCGAGUGCUUCAUGGUGAAUGCUUUCUCGCAUGAGGUGGUGCAUCUGCCACAUCUGAGCACUUUCAACCAUGGGCUUUCUGGUUACUCUCGUAAGGCUCUCCCCAUUAUCCCGGUCAACAAUGGCUUCGUGCAUCGUUGUUGCUUCGUCGUUCCACACCAUUACACAAACACUUGCUCUCUGGCAACCUGGGAUGAAGUCUUGGCAUGGUUGCGAUGGCCUUCCAAUUGUUGGGCCCAAAGAUUUUGCAUUCUACCAGGGGAAGCUGUACGUGCUCUUGAGGUUCAUUCCGCGCCUCUAUGCCUUUGAACUCGAGGAGGAUGAUCAUGGGGUCGUCGUCUCUCGUGUUGAGCAUUGUGGGAUUGAGCCACUUCAUGAACACCGCAUUCAGGGUCGUGGUGUAUUGAGUUGCAACAUUGUGGUGUGGCGUGGCAACCUAUUAUUAACCAUCAGAAGGUAUGAUGCUACUGGUAAGUUCUGUACCAAGCGCACACUUCGUCAAGUUGAAGUGUUUGCACUGGACUUCAGCACAAACCCUUGUGGACUCACAGAGAUACACAGCUUUGAUGGUGAUAGUAUCUUCGUUGACUCAUGCAGCUGCAAUUCCUUUCCUGCUGGUCUGUAUGAUGGAGUUGAAGGUGAUCUUGUCUACUUUGUUGAUCAGUAUAGUAAAUAUGACGGCGGUUCUUUCGACCCUUCUUAUGAUACAUUUGUGUACAAUGUGAGAAAUGGUACAGCAAGGCCUUUUGUUGUCGAGUUAUCACCACAUAACUUUGGGGCACCAAGGGGUAAGCUCGAUGUCCCGUUGUGGUUGUUAGCUUCCAAAUGAGCUGCUGCUGAGCAAAUGUGAUC